GAUGGGCUAUUUCUGUAAUUAUGUGUCCCAGUUAAUGCACAAAACAGGCUUUUCCUUUCAAAAAUACAUGUUACGGAUUAUCUUGUAGUUGAAAAUUGUAUCUAUCCUUUGAUAAUAACAUGUGAUAUGUUACUCUCCUGACUUCUUCUGGCAGUGGACAUGUCUGUGUGCUAAGAGGUGUGCCAGUGAAGGUAUGGAACAACCUGAAUUUUAAACUGAAUUUCAUGUAUGUUCAGUACUUUGCCUGUUACUAAUAGGCUGUGCCAUGCCUGUUCUGUGUUUGUCUUGGGAAUUUCAUACUGUACUGUGAGACAAUAUACAAAGUGCCAGAACUAAAAUAAAACAAGUAAUCACAAGAAAAUGAAUCAUUAUUAUGUUAAAAUAUAUGGGAUUUCACUAUGUUAUGCUUCUGUAUAACUUUUGAUCAGGCCAUGGGCCAGGAUUUGGGCCUGCAAGUACAGAUGGGUCACCUGUACAUGGAAGUCAGUACACAGCAGUGCCAGGGCCCAAUUCCUUUACUUCAUUACCACCUGCAACUACGAGUGCUGGACUUCCCGCUUACAGAGACUACUCAGGACUGUACUCUGUUCCCAAUAUGCAAGGACCUCCUGGGCAAGGGCAGAUUCCAGGAGGCCCCCUCCCUCCGAUGCCUCAAGGACCGAUUCCAGCUGGUGUACCACCUGGUGCAAUGCAUGGGCUUCCUAGGGGUCCAAUACCAAACCCCAUGAUGCCAAUGGCUGGUCAGAUGCAUGGCCCUCCAAGGCCAAUCCAUAACCAAGGACCUCCAAUUCAGGGUCCUCAAAUACAAGGACAGGUCCCAGCACAGUUGUUGCAGGGAGCCCCACAAGUACAAGGAGGCCCCAUGCAGCUUCAGAGACCUCCUCAAAUACAAGGUCAAGGACCCCAUUCAAUUCAAGGCCAGGGACCACCACCACAUAUGCAAAGUCAGGGACCACAACAGAUACCAGGGCAAGGGUCUCACAGUCAGUUACAGAGCCAGGGACCUCCACCCCAGAUGCAAGGCCCUCCCAGUCAAGCACCAGUACCACAAAAUCAGCAGGUACCUGGUCAACCAAUGGGUGGUGCUCAGGGACCCCCAGCUUCACACUAUCAACAAGGAGGGGCAAUAGUACCACCAGGUGGGACCCAGCCUCCACAAGGCCCUGCCCCAGGGAGCCCUCAGCAACAGCAACCACAGCAGCAGCAAACAGCAGAAUUGAUUAGCUUUGACUAGUUCAUUUAAUCGCUAGAUUUAUGUAUUUGGUCUGUUGCAUAUUAUAUGAAGAAUGUAUAACAUUUUGCUAUAGUGAUUUUUAUGCAUUAAAAUUACCCGUGGUAGGUUCGAAAGCAUUGCUGAUUGCAUUUAUAUGUGAUGAUCAUUUGUGUGGGGUAUAUUGUAAACAUAAAACAGGAAGCUGCAAAUAAUGCUGCUAGUUGAAUAUAUAAUUACACAAUUGGCACAGAAUAAAUAGAUUAUGAGAAUCCAUAUAUUUAUAAUAUGAAAUGCUAUAAAAAUAAGUGAUGAUAUGAUAAAAGUGCCAGAAUGAAUGGCUGCAUGGUCUGUCCCUCUGUUUGUUCAAUAACCUUUUCUUAACAAUGUAAAAUAAAAUAAAUGCAGUCUUAAAACAGAAUGAGAUUUCAUAUUAUAUCCAAUGUAGUAACAGUCUGUAAUUUACCUCUGUGGCAAGUCUAUUCCUAUACAAAGUAAAAUGAUCUAUCUUGAGGCCAUGGAUUUGAACUCUCAAGUGUGGGAUUUUGUAGUAAAUCUGAGACUAUGACAUAUAACAAAGUUCAGGUAAGAUAGAAAGGUAAAUUUGCCCUAUGCUUAAGCACUGCACCAUGAAGGUGUACAGGGGAGUGGAGGCACAGCUGCAGCAUUUGAUGGAGAGUGAUCGUCUUCAUGUCCCAGCCACUUUACUUCUGGGAAAAGAGUCCCCAGUACCAAUUGAUCAGAAGGCUGUAUGGCCCCAGGUCAGUGUCAGUGUUGUGGAGAAGAAAAAAUCUCUUUUCCAGUUGGGUUUUGAAACCUGGUUCCCCAGUCAUCCAGCACAUAUUGUAGGCAUUAUACUGAUAGCUGUACCAGAAUUAGUUCUGGGUAGAACUCAUGGAGCCUUUUUUGCUGCUGCAUACUUAGUUUAAUUCUUACAGAUCCUAUGUUAUGUUUAUAAAUUUUAUAAUCCAACAGUGACAUAAUGACAUGCAAUUUGGCCUAUGGAUUUUCAGGCUGUUAUAUAAUUGAGUCUGAGUUGAGUUAAAACCUUUUAUUGUCUGUAACUAAAUAUAUUAUAAAUUAUUUUAUUUUACUGGUAUUUUAUUUGUCUUUUAUUAUCAUCCUGCUUUUGUGAAGAACAUGAUAAAUGUAUACGGUUGUGCAAAAAUCUUGUUGGGCAAUCACCUGUGUGAGUGUUAAGAACCAAUGUUUCAGAGAUCGCCUCCAUCUCUUAUCAUCAGCACCAAGCUAACUUGGAAGAAUGUAAAUAAAGUUAUUGUUACUCUGUUCA